AAACGGAAUACUGUGGGGUCCCAACGAUUCAACUGUUCCCCAGCCUAUCCGGGGCUCCCUUGGCGCAACCGUUCUCGGACCGCAGGAUGUUGGCAUGGUCAAAGAAAAUCCUGACCUCCUCGCACCUCCUACUACCGACUCUGGCAGCGUAUCCAACGCCAAGUGGCCAUUUAGCUUGAGUCACAAUCGCCUCCAAACAGGAGGUUGGGCUCGUCAAGAGAAUAUUGGCGUAAUGCCGCUUGCUACUUCUAUGGCUGGUGUCAAUAUGCGUCUUGAGGCUGGCGCUGUUCGUGAACUUCACUGGCACAAGACCGCCGAGUGGGCCUACAUUCUCAAGGGAAGCGUUCAAGUUACUGCUAUCAAUACAGAUGGCCAGAACUACCUUGGGACUGUCAACCAGGGCGACUUGUGGUACUUCCCUCCCGGCAUUCCUCACUCUCUUCAAGCAACUGCCGACCUGAAGGAUGGUGCUGAAUUCCUCUUGGUCUUCGAUGACGGCGCAUUCAGCGAAGACUCCACUUUCCUGUUGACCGAUUGGCUCGCCCAUGUUCCUAAGGAAGUGCUCGCCAAGAACUUCCAGACUAACAUAUCUGCCUUCGACCAUAUUCCCGCUGACGAACUGUACAUUUUCCCUAUGGAACCUCCCUCGGACAGCGCCUCCGCUGUUACUAGCCCUCAGGGUACCACUCCCGAGCCAUACACAUUUAAAUUCUCUCAAGUCAAAGCCACGCAACUGUCCGGAGGUACUGCGAAAGUUGUCGAUUCGACCACCUUCAAGAUUUCCACAGGUAUCGCCGCCGCCGAAGUGACUGUUGAGCCCGGCGCAAUGAGGGAACUGCAUUGGCAUCCUACUCAAGACGAGUGGAGUUAUUUCAUCGAGGGUGAAGGUCGUAUCACUCUGUUUGCAUCAAGCGGAAACGCGCGAACGUUCAACUAUCAGGCUGGUGAUGUCGGCUUCGUUCCCGCCUCUUUUGGUCACUACGUAGAGAACACCGGCAACAGCACCCUUCGCUUCUUAGAAAUAUUCAAGAGCGAUCGCUUCCAGGAUAUCAGCUUGAACCAGUGGUUGGCUCUCACUCCGCCGGAGCUCGUAAAGGCGCAUUUGCAGCUUGAUGACGAGACAAUCGGACAUCUCAGCAAGACCAAGCCCACCGUCAUCGGCCCAGCGUAAGGCGCGGGUUUAUUGGUGGUAGGUAUCUUGUAUUUGAUACUAUUGUCCGAGUCGACUGUUUUUGUACUUUCUUGAAACCAAAACGGUCCAGCCUUGUAUUUUUACGACUAUCCAUGGCUCCAUAGAAUGAUCAAUUACUCGUUAUUGUGUCACGCUUGAAGAAUGUCCUGUUCAGCUGCUGCUGGAUGUGUGUAUAUUGAAACCCGACGCACUCCAAAUUACAAAAGUGUGAAAAUGUGACUUCCGUGCUUGCGUGAGGCUCGAACCCCGUCCACGAUUCGGAUAUAAAGUUCAAAUAUCGAA